AUGGAUCUCAAGGUGGUCUGUGCACUCUCCAUCACCCUCAUCAUAGCCCUCAGCACCCUGGCGGAGGGAAGUGCACCUCCAACAAAAUGCCAGUGUAAAGUGGUUCCCAGGGAGAGGACAAACUGUGGCUACCCAGGGAUCUCAGCAGCAGAGUGCAAGAGAAUUGGGUGCUGCUUCAAUGCCUCAGUCCCCAGCGUGCCCUGGUGCUACAACCCCAAACCAAAGAAAGUGAAGAAAGUGUGUCCCAAUGAUCCCUACACCAGGAUAAACUGUGGCUACCCUGGCAUCAAGCCCAGGGAGUGCACAAGGAAGGGCUGCUGCUUCAGGGCACACCCCGCCGGUGUCCCCUGGUGCUUCUACCACCGCGUUGUGGAGGAAGGCUAG